UCGGGCAUCGGCCCCGUCCCCCGUUACGCCUUCUCUUAUUUUUAGUCGCCUUCUUUAUCGAACUGGUCCAGGUCUUAACUUCCGCCGGUAGGCUUUCUCUUGUCUCCCCCUCGCUUUUUCAGAAGAACGCCUCCUUCACCAUGGCGAUCUAUGAAGCCCUCCUCUUAAACUCCGGGAUCCUUUGCUUCUAUCUACAGAUUUAGAGCUUUCCCAUCUUUUCUCCUGCCGAAAUCAAUUUUGGAAGAUUUCGUGUCAGGACCUAUUGUCUCCUGUUCUUGGAUGUGGGUUUUGUGAGAUUUUGGGGUUCUGAAGAAGCGAUCGAUUAAGGUCUCCUUUUGGUCUAAAAGAGAUGACGUCUGGGACGAGGCUUCCGACAUGGAAGGAGAGGGAAAACAACAAGCGGAGGGAGAGGAGGCGGCGGGCGAUCGCGGCGAAGAUCUACGCCGGGCUCCGGAUGUACGGCAACUACAAGCUGCCGAAGCACUGCGACAACAACGAGGUCCUCAAGGCCCUUUGCAACGAGGCCGGUUGGACCGUCGAGUCCGACGGCACCACCUACCGCAAGGGAUGCAACCCACCACCUGCGGAGCGCAUGGAUGUAGUAGGGUGCUCUGUUUCUCCAAGUCCAUGCUCUUCAUAUCAGCCAAGCCCACGUGCGUCGUAUAACCCUAGCCCUGCCUCAUCGUCUUUCCCAAGCCCUGCAUCCUCAUCCUACAUAACAAAUGCCAACAAUGCUAUCAGUGUUGCUGAUGGCAAGUCCCUAAUCCCAUGGCUCAAGAAUCUCUCCUCGGUCUCCUCUGGCUCCGCAUCCAAGUUCCCACAACACCAUCUCUAUAUGCAUGGUGGUUCCAUUAGUGCUCCAGUGACCCCUCCUUUGAGUUCUCCUACUGCUCGUACACCUCGCUUUAAGACUGACUGGGAUGAUCAAGCUGCCCGGCCAUCUUGGGCCAGUGCAAGUUAUACCUCCAUAGCAAAUUCCACUCCACCAAGCCCUGGCCGUCAGGAUAUUUCUGAUCCUGCAUGGCUUGCUGGAAUCCAUCUUCCCACUGGAGGUCCAUCGUCACCCACUUUCAGCCUUGUGUCAUCAAAUCCAUUCGGCUUCUUCAAGGAGGUGAUAGCAGGUGGGGGAUCUUCAAGAAUGUUGACACCAGGGCAGAGCGGCACAUGUUCCCCAGUCAUGCCAGGUGGGUCUGGCCAUGUAGAUGUUCAGAUGUCGGAUGGCGUAUCUGACGAGUUUGCAUUUGGCAGCAGCAGCAGUAACAGGCAUCAUCCACCAGCAGGAUUGGUGAGGGCAUGGGAGGGAGAGAGGAUCCAUGAGGAGUGUGGUUCAGAUGAGCUGGAGCUCACUCUUGGGAGCUCGAGGACCAGAGCUGAUGCCUGAUGCACAUCUUGGAGAAGUAUAGCCUUAAUAGAUUCUUUUCUCGUUGUUUGUUGUUUUUAGUUUAUCAUGAUGUUUAUAGAGAGAUAGAGAGGGAUCGAGGGACCUGCCCAAGGUUUCUUGCACAUUGCCUCCAUCCUCUUUUAGGUAACUGAGAGUUUAUUUAUCGUGCGAGUGUUGAAACUAGGAAAACCUUUGGAAAAUAUUGUGGCAAGAUUAUUGAAAGCGCAGCUUGCGAAUGCCAGAUGAAAAUUGAGGGGUUAAGAAAAAAAAAUAUCUGAUUUGCGAGUCUGCAAUUAUUGCUGCA